UGCGCACUCCUCUGACGCAGGAGUGUGGGAGAGGUUAUGGUUGGUGUGUCGGGGCUCUUAUUUGAAACAUUUCUUUCCACAGAAAAUGGUUGUAAAUUUAGAGACUGGCGAGUUUAACCAUUUCUGUCCUCGCCCAUAGCAGAACUGGGCAAAAUGAAGCAUUGCGUUCAUAUUUAUCUUUGUUUCGCGGUGUAUUUCAAGAUGGUCUUUUCGAAGGAUGCACCGGCUCUUGGGUCUAAAAAUAGUCCGAGGCUUUUGAAACCAGAUAUUAUCAGUGAUCAGUAUAAAUAUGAAGUUAAUCAGAACCAUAGUGUGUUCUACCUGGAGGGAGAACGGGAGCUUUAUGUCGGAGGCACAGACUUUGUUAUAAAACUUAAUGCAAGUAACUAUCGCGUCAUAGAGAAAUUUCCAAUAACAACAACUGGACAGCAUAAGUGCUCUGACGGUCAGUGUAAAAAUGUAAUCACCGUCAUUGAGAAGUUUCAGGAUGACAUGUUUGUGUGUGGAACAAACGGACACAAACCAAAGUGCUGGAAACUCUUUCCUUCUGUGAAGAAUCAGACUUCUGAGAUAGUGAAGAGUUAUGAGGGAGCAGGCAUCUCCCCAUUGGUCUACACACACAACUGUUUGUCGCUCACAGUCGAUGGGGAUUUAUACGCAGCAGCGCCUUUGGACAUGGAGGGAAGCUCUUUGCAGUUCAGGAGAAAAGCUGGCAAGCGGACUAAUGUCUGGAUGUACGACAGCUGGUUAUCAGAGCCUACAUUCAUAUCGGCAUCCUGGGUGAAGCGUAGGGAAGAUCCAGACAAUGAGAAAAUCUACAUCUUCUUCCGCGAAAAGAACUCCGACCACAGCCCAGAUGCCGAUCCCUGGAUUUCUAGGGUGGCCAGAGUUUGUAAGACCGAUGAAGGUGGAUCAAAAAGAUUCUUCCAGAACAUGUGGACGUCCUUCCUAAAGGCUCGCCUCGUCUGUGGGUUUCCAGAUGAGUCAUUGUAUUUCAAUCGUCUCCAGGACAUCUAUGUGAUGCACGACGAUGACUGGCGCCAAACCAGAGUCUACGCACUUUUCACAAGCAGCUGGAACUCAACUGCGGUUUGCAUCUAUUCAAUAGAAAUGAUAGAGAAGAUAUUUGAAAACUCAACUUUCAAAGGCUAUGCUAAUGAAAUCCCUACACCAAGGCCUGGAACUUGCGUGUCAAACAGCAAAAGCCUGCCGCGGCCCACAGUGAACGUAGUGAAGGAUCAUCCUGAAAUGGUUGACUGGGUGCAUUCCCUUCAGUCAAAAGUUCCUUUUUAUGUAAGCAACUAUAAUUACACCAAAAUAGUUGUUGACCGGGUUAAAGGAGCAGACCAGCAAGUGUACAACGUUUUGCUCCUUGCUACUGAUACUGGCAAAAUCCAUAAAGUCCUAGUGGCUGGUUCAGAGCCUUUUAUCAUAUUGGAAACACAGCUCUCCAACAUUUCACCUAUACAGGCAAUGACACUUGACUCUCAAAAGAAAAAAUUAGUGGUGGGUUUCUCUGAUAAAAUAUCUAUAGUGGACCUUCAAAAGUGUGAAAAGUACAACGCGUCUUGUGCUGACUGUGUCCUGGCACGGGACCCCUACUGUGCAUGGACCACAUCUGGAUGCACCCCUUCUAACCUUGGGGGCAUUCAGAAUAUAAAGGAUGGACACACAAGUGUUUGCUCACAAAAUAAAGCAGCGAAUGUGUCAGGGGUACUGACCAGGUCCAAAAGGCAGAUAUAUUCACCAAACAUUUCAGGGACAGUCCAUUCAGUCCCCGAAGGUGUCCCUUUCUAUCUGUCCUGUCCUAUAGAGUCUUAUCAUGCAAAGUACACCUGGAAGCAUGGAAGUCACGACAGACCUUGCCUGCAAAUGCUUUCUAACUGUCUGCACCUUAUUCCUUCAAUGGGACCAGAGAACUAUGGGGAAUAUGAAUGCGUCUCCACGGAGAAGGACUAUAACAAAACUUUGAAAAAAUACCAUCUUAAGCAGCAGUAUGAAAAGCAAGCCAGCAGGUUUGCUGAUUCUAAACUGAAUGAUGCACCAAUCCUUGCUCCUCAGCUGUUGUGGAUUCUACUCCAGACUGCAGUGCUGCGGGAAAUUCUGAGAUAGUUUCUGCUAACUCACUGGGAUUUGCUAAGAGUUUUCUCAAAAAAUAUCAGACCGUACCAUAGAACUGAAAUUAGGGACACAUUGUCACAUUGGCAGUGUGACUUAAACAUAAUGUUUUUUGCCCUUUAUAACAUCAAAUUAAGCUAAAAUGCCUUUCAAGCUGUGUUAUGGGACUCUGCUGUGGCAUCAUUCUACCUUCCAUCUUGGCAGCCUUUACUAAAAAGUUCUCACAGAAAAAAGGAAAGUUAUCUCUGUGUCAUGUUACUAGGAGGAUGGAAAGCUUGAUAAAUACUGUAGAUGGAGAAGGGUUUCAUUUGAAGUAAUGUGCUGAUGGAAGAGCAUAGCUAAAAGGCAAAGAAAAUGCAUUUCAGGCCCACCUACCCUUGUACAGGCAGACGUGCACAUGCAGGCUAGCCACGCUACACAAGAAAGUUAAAAAUUAUUCAACUUUUGUUGCUAUCGUGUAUAGGGAAAACUUAGCUAGCUGUGUGCUUAGCCAUUACCAAGGAAACAAUAGCGGAGGAGUAGGUAGAGGCACCGGAGUGAAACGUUUUGUCAUCCAGUCUCUUUGGUAGAAAGAGAGACAACAAAAAACAAACGAGCAAUAUUAUCAUCCUCAUUUUAUUAUCAAGCUCAUUUUAAUUUAUCAUGCAUUUAAUUCAACUGUCACCAUUGGUCUCAUAUGGAUAAUGACAAAAAUAAUUAGAUUUCUGAUUAUCUAAUUAAUAAUCAGAAUGAACACAGCACAGAUGAAUCAUGGAUGUGAAAGUGGAUAUGCUUGAGCUAGAGGGAGUUGCUGAAAGAAAACAUGCCUUAACAGGUUGAGCCCAGCACAACGUUUUUUUUGUUUAAAAUGUCAGCUGCUUUGUUGGUUCUGCGCUUGUUUUGUGGGUGAGGUCGGGAAAAAAUCUGUACAAUUCAGACCCUACUAAGCAGCUGAACAAGCAAGUCAGCAUCUUUUCUUCCUGCUGAGGUUUUUUCACCUUUAUGGACUGCACCAUAGGGACUGCACCAUAGCUGAGUUCAGUAGAACUGGAGCCACUGCAGCUAAGGCAUUUUAUUUUUUUUGCUUACUUUGAGCUGGAACAUGUGGUGAUGAAGGAAGAAAACAGCACUCCCAGUUAUUAUGUCAUUGAAGUGCGAGAAACAAAAGGAAGUUGCAGGAGGCAUUUAUUUCCAUUAAUGGUUUAUUUUUACCAUCACUGUCAUGUUUCUAGAACAGAAUCUUUUUACUGUGAGCAAUAACUGCAGAAACAACACAAGUUGGAAUAGUUUAUGUGCACUUUUAGGUCUUGCCCUUAAAGCAAAUAAAAUAUGAAGUUCCUGUGCUAAGAAAGGCAGAGCUCUUCCUGGGCAAGGCUCUUUCUUUGGCACGGAUAAGAGUAUAUCUGUAUUAGAUGGUUUGGGGUGGAUUAAGGGAAAUUAAGUUAUUUAACUUGCUUUCAUAAUUCCUUUCAGUGGUCAGUGAGAAAUGUGCAGUCAAGAGAAAAAAUAAAACAGCUGUAGGUCACAUGAAAAGCAUCUUUAUCUGAAAGUCGCUUUUUCAUAUAAACCUAAUAUUGCACUAUGUUAGUGGUAUUUAAAACUAUAUUCUAUAUUUUUCUUACAUUUUUCAUUAAAAAAGGCAAUACAAUGUUAAACAACUGAAACUCUGGGAAAACUGUAAAUUUGUAAACAAAAUUUUCAGAGCAAAUGCAUGCUCAGCAUAACACCGAAAAAAGAAGUUGUUCAACAGUUAAUGACUCUGGAAAAAACAAAGGAGAUGAUCAUUGACUGACUCAGGUCACAACACGAAGAGGUUGUGACCUGAGUCCUCUACUUGGCAUCAUCUCCUUCAGCAGCAAUAUGGCAGAUGAGAAUCCUCUGUCAAAAAUAGUGAAGGGAGCUAAAAAGGUUGCUGUAAUGUCCAUUCCCUGUGUUCAGGAUGGUUUUGCAGCAACAGAACAUUGAACAGUGUCAGAGAUUCCUCCCACCUUCUCUGUGAUUUUUUUUUAAACUGCUGCCAGGCAAACGUUACCACAGCAUUAAAAACAGAAACCCACUGACUGCUGCAUAGUUUUCUGCCUCUAGUUGUUAAAAGUCUGAACCGCCGUUUUGAUUAAGCACAUUACAUGAUUCCAUUUAUUUUUAUAUCUUUUAUCUGCUUUGUUUCUAUCUGUGUUCUGUUUGUAUUUGAUUAUUUUCAUAGUGUUCCUAGAUAAUUUACUACAAUGAUCAUCUAAGCUAACUUCAGUGAGAAAUGUGUUUGUGUGAACUCCCUCAGCCAGAGAAAUGUAUGGAUGGGAAUUCUGGACAAGGUGUAGCCACAACACUGGUCACAUGUGGCCUAAGGUCCAGAAUUGGGUAAGCAUGGAAAUUAUAGACCAAGUUUACCAAUAAACUGACUUGAUUUUGGUUCCUCAAAUAUUCAAGAGUUCAUUAACCUGUUUGAAAACAUCACAUUCCAAAGAGAACAUUGUUAAUUUGUAGAUCAUUCUUGACCCCAAAAAAACAUUCAUAAAUUAACUUCAUGAAUGGCUCCAACAGCAGAAUAUUAACAUCUUUUUGCCUGAGCCAGGUUGUUGAUGUACAGUAUGUGGCCUUUGACUUUUAAAAAAAAUCUGUACUCACCAGAUUUAAUAAAACAUUACUUAUGUGAUGUGGCCAUCUGGUGCUUUCAAUGUGUUCAUUUUCUGUAGAUUCACAUCUUUUUAAUUUGAGAGAUUCAUGAAGCCCCAUUUCCCAGGGACCCAAUAUUCACCAUUCAUUCCGGUUUACAUCUUCAUACCACUUAAGAGCAAGAGAAUCUUAUAAGUGUUGCACUUUUAGAGAUCCAUGACAGCUGUCUAGUCAUCACAAAUUGUCACGCAGUCAAAUCCUUCCUUCUGGACUUUUUUCUGCUUUCUAAAGCAACCUGACUGAGAAAAUGCUUUCUUGUUGCCUAAUAUCUCCCACAAACUGCAAGACGCUGGUCAGUUCUGUUUCAGUUCAGUGUAAAAAAAAUGCUUUUGUCUUUUACUCUGUAAUGUGAUUUAAAGAGCAGAUAAAACAUAAUAUAGCAUGUUUGACUUCCACAGGUCAAAAUCACAAUUUUGCAAAAAAUCAAAAGUGUGUGAUGCAACAUGGGUAGUAUUCUAGUGGACCCUUUUUGUUGCAACAAUUUGAUGCCAAAAGCUGUUCUACACCAAUUACAACAGCAAUAUGUCUGUACUAACAACGGUCUACAGAAGCCUUCAUCACCAAGCAUGAUAUGCAAUGGAGAUAUCUGCUGCAUUUUUAAAGAGCCUGGGAUACAAAAUAAGACCUUUCUUUUACUUUCUUUUAAGUUAAAUAUAUUUUUUAGCUGUUUUUGAGAUAUACCAUUUUGGCAUUAACAUGUGUAAAACCAUUUCUUAUUAAAAAAUUUAAUGCCUUUCAAAAAUAGCACUUACUGUAUUUCAAGACUAUUCUAAGGCAGAAAUGCCUUGGUAAAUCAGGACACUAAAAGUUAAUCUGGCUUUCCUGGAUCUCAAGGCUAAACACUCUUAAUGAUGAUUAGGAAAAUACUUCCUGUUUGCACAGAUAACAGCUACAGCUAUCAUCUCUGAGAAGUUCCACAAAAGUAUCUUAGUGAAACAAUUUAAAUCCACUCCAUUUAAAUCGAACAUGCUAAUGUUUUUAUUUUUUUUAUUUUUAUGAAAGCAUCACCACCCAAAGUCUUGUGCCAACAGAUUGUACUCAUUCAACAUAAUAAAGACAUAACUCACUAUAAAAGAUUCCGGAGGUUUUGAGAAAGACUUAAUACAAAACGUUGUUUAUAUGUCUGCAGUCAUAUCAGAUGUUUUUCUCUUUUCAGAUGAAAAUCAGGCAUCAGGGCAGAGCAUUGGGUGUUGUCAGACUUGGUAACUUUAACAGCUGGUGUUUGGCUUUUGUCUGCUAGUAGACAUUGCAGGGAGGUUGGGAUUUCAUUUUCUGUGUACUGGUUUUUGUGGGCAACCAGUCAUCCUCUCAAGCCACCCAGAGCAGUUAAACACACUCCAUGUUCUCACCACCCAGAGCAGUUAAACACACUCCAUGUUCUCAUUUCAUUGACAGCAAAAUAACAGAACCUUAAGAUGUC